CUAACCUCAAUGUUGAUAAUAAAUAUUGAAACGUUAUUUUCUUUUGUAACGGCAAAUAUGUACAUUCAUUAUUGGUAGUAUUUUUAUCAAAUUUAAGUUACGUAGUUCUUAAAUAAAACGUCAGCAACAAAUUACUUCAAGCAAGUAACAUUCGUGAUUAAAUAAUAUUUACCAGUAGUAAGGAGAAUUUGUAACUGAAGUAUAAUCUUGAGAAUAAUAUUUAUAACAGAGAAAAAUAAAAAUAUAAUUUAUUUCAUACGAACAUUUGUUUAUGACUUUCUUAAGUUUAGACAUUGACAGACAUCAGUUAUUAGUACAUUAUGAAAAUAAGUAAAAUUAUUUCUCAUAUAUUAUAUACUCAAAAUUGUAAUCUUUGCCAAAUACAUGCAUCAACACUUGAAAGGAGAUGUUUGCAUUUUUCAAAGAAAUAUUAUUCUACAAAGUCGGAAGUAGAUAAGGAAUAUGAUAUACCAAAAGAAAAUAUUCGUAACUUUAGUAUUAUAGCACAUGUUGAUCAUGGUAAAAGUACUCUUGCUGAUAGGCUUUUGGAAUUAACAGGUGCAAUAAAAGCAAACUCUGGAAAACAAAUACUAGAUAAUUUACAAGUUGAAAAGGAACGUGGGAUUACAGUUAAGGCUCAAACGGCUUCUCUCAAUUAUAUGUAUAAAGGAACUAAGUAUCUCCUUAAUUUAAUAGAUACACCUGGUCAUGUAGACUUCUCAGCUGAAGUUCAUCGCUCUUUAGCUCCAUGUCAAGGAGUACUGUUAGUAAUUGAUGCAAAUGAUGGUGUACAAGCACAAACUGUAGCUAAUUACUAUUUAGCUACUAAAUGGAAAUUGAUUAUAAUACCAGUGAUUAAUAAAAUAGAUUUGUCAAAUGCCCGUCCUGAUAGAGUAGCAAAGCAAUUAAAUACAUUAUUUGAUAUAAAGGAAAAUGAUAUUUUGAAAAUAUCUGCUAAAUUUGGCACCGGAGUGGAUAAAGUUCUGAGUACUGUUGUUGAAAGAAUUCCACCACCCGAUGUAUCUAAAGACAAACCAUUUAGAGCUUUGAUAGUUGAUAGUUGGUAUGACAAGUACAAAGGGGCUAUUUCCUUGAUAUAUGUUAAAGGAGGAUCUUUAUCGGUAUCAGACCACAUCACAUCAACUUAUACUAAAAAAUCUUAUGAAGUUAGAACUCUUUCAUUAUUAAGACCAAACGAAGAAUAUGUAAAUAAAAUAUUUGCAGGUCAAAUAGGAUGUGUUGCAUGUAACAUGAGAUCUUCCAAAGAAGCAUACAUUGGCGAUACAUUGUAUUUAAAGAAUCAUGUUGUUGAACCUCUAUUAGGAUUUCAACCACCAAAACCAAUGGUCUUUUCAGGAGUUUAUCCAAUCGAUCAAUCACAAUUUAGUGCCAUGAAAGCUGCCAUUGAAAGAUUGACAUUAAAUGAUAGCGGUGUUUCUGUUGCUAUGGAUUCUAGUGCAGCUCUUGGACAAGGUUGGAGAAUUGGAUAUCUGGGGUUACUGCAUAUGGAAGUAUUCAUGCAGCGUUUAGAGCAAGAACAUGGUGCACAACCAAUUGUUACAGUACCUAGUGUUACAUAUAAAGCAAAAAUUUUUGGCGCCAAAAGUAUUAAAAAAUAUGGUGGUGACAUGAUCACUUUCAACAAUCCUACACUUUUUCCUGAUAAACAAAUUGUAACAGAGUUCUAUGAACCCAUAAUACUAGGAACCAUUAUAACACCAGAUGAAUAUAUGGGUGCAGUAAUAUCUUUAUGCAUUGAGAAGCGAGGAGUAGAACAAUUAACAAAAGAUAUUGGUAAUAAGAGAGUAAUGCUUCAAUUUCUAUUACCAUUGAAUGAAAUUAUUGUUGACUUCCAUGAUGCACUAAAAAGUGUAACCUCGGGAUAUGCCAGUUUUGAUUAUGAGGAACAUGGUUACGAAGUUUCAAGUAUAGUAAAGUUAAAUAUCGCUUUAAAUGGUGUCAUAGUAGAAGAAUUGAGUUGUAUUGCACACAUCAGUAAAGUUAUUGGAGUAGCCAAACGAAUAUGCGAAAGAUUAGCAGAAGUUAUACCUCGUCAAAUGUUUGAAAUAGCGAUUCAAGGUAUGGUUGAUGGAAAAAUCGUUGCAAGAGAAACGUUAAAAGCAUUUAAAAAAGAUGUAACUGCAAAAUUGUAUGGAGGCGAUGUUACUAGAAGAAUGAAACUGUUAGCAAAACAGUCCGCGGGAAAGAAAGAAAUGAAAAUGGUUGGAAAAAUUUCUUUGCCACGGGAUACAUUUAUAAAAGUUCUUAAGAGAUAGUUAAAACAAAUUAUUGAAACAUGUAUCAUUUAAUAUAAUUAUAGGCAUUUCAAUUUAAGAUUAGUAAAUUAUAAGAUCAAAACAUUUUAAUGUAACUCGUAAUUUUCUGUUUUGUCAAAUAAAACUGCCUUCAUAAGAAA